AACACCAACACCAACCACCACGCCGUUCUGUUCACAGCGACUUUAGUUUUCAUGGAAUUUUGGGGCGGGUCUGCAGUUCGUCCCACGUGAGAAAGCCUCUUCUUCCUGGCAAUGUGAUGAUGUAUCCAAACCAGACAUCUUCUGCUGGGUCCUACUCAGGGAUCUUCAUUGGGAGUUCUCCAUCUUAUCACAACCAUGUUGAAGUCCCAUCUGCAGGGGUAAGAAAUGAGGUGGUAUACAUUCCACCAACAGGUGAUGUCAGUAUGCAAUCUGUUGGUCUACAGUUAAAAAAUGCUACAGGUGCUCCAACUGGCAAUUUUGUUACCGGAAAUCCUCAGAUAGUGCCAAGGACACAGCUAGGCAUUCUAGAUGCUGAACAGAAUUUCCUGCCUCAGCGAUUAUCUCUCAGCCUCAGCACACAGAUACCAUCCACAGUUCCACUGGCUUCAUUUCAGUACCAGUAUGUGAACCCAGGUCUCUCAUCACGUUUUGGUUCUUAUGUUUCAUCUUCAGCGGAGAGAACAAUAUCUUGUGAAGGUGAUGAAAGUUCUCAAGCUAAGGAGUUUAGAAAUGAUGAAUACCUACCAUCUAGUUUCCCAGGAACUGAUCAGAGUUCUGUCAAAACAGAGGCCUUGUGCAAUCCUCGAUACUCAGAAAUCCCUAAAGUAACUGGUGCUGAUCAGUGUCUCUAUGAAUCUUUUGGUCCUGCAAACACUGUCUUGAACUCCAAAUUCCUCAAGUCAGUACAGCAAUUGCUUGACGAAGUAGUUAAUGUCCGAAAAACUUUGAAGCAGCAGGAGUUUGACAAACACCAUAAGUUCCAUGGGAUUGGUUUAAAUGGCUCCAACGAGAAUGAUGAGAGAUCCAAUAACCGCACUAUACUUUCCUCACCAAUUGGGAACUCUUCAGACCCUAAUGGGUUGGUUACCAAUUCCUCCUGUAAGCUUUCAUCCACAGAACGGCAGGAUUUGGAGCACAAGAAAGCCAAGCUUUUGUCCAUGUUGGAUGAGGUAGAUAAAAGAUACAAACAGUAUUAUGAUCAGACACAAAUUGUGGGAUCCUUUUUUGACAUGUUAGCUGGGUUUGGGGCGGCAAAAACAUACAUGGCACUUGCCCUGCAAAGAAUUUCCUGCCACUUCCGCUGUUUGCGUGAUGCAAUCAGUGGCCAGAUUCGAAUAACCUGCAGAAACCUUGGGGAGCAAGAUACUUCACCAAAUGGUCUAGGUGGUGGAAUGUCUCGUCUUGGCUAUGUAGACCAGCAGCUCAGACAACAGAGAGCUCUUCAGCAGUUUGGUGGGAUGCGACAUGCGUGGAGGCCACAGAGGGGACUGCCUGAAAGUUCUGUUUCAAUCCUUCGCACAUGGCUGUUUGAGCACUUUCUUCACCCUUAUCCAAAGGAUUCAGAGAAAAUCAUGCUAGCUAGGCAGACCGGCUUGACCAGGAGCCAGGUUGCAAACUGGUUUAUAAAUGCACGGGUGCGUCUUUGGAAGCCCAUGGUUGAGGAGAUUUAUAAAGAAGAGAUUGGUGAUUCAGAGACAAAGUCUAAAUCUUCCCCGGAGAGUCCUCCAAAAGAACCAAGAGAUGAUUCCUGGGCAUCUGAGGAUAAGGGAGAAGAGUUGCAAGAAACUAUGACAUCCACAGCUGCUGCAGGUGGCCACCUGGGUCAAUCACAUAACAUGACGUCUGAUUUUAUGCGUGAUGUGGAAAUGAAUGGGCCUACGGCAAGAAUGAGCUUUCAAAAGGGCGCCCAUGGAGAUGUGGACACAGAUUGUGGGAUAAUGAAAUUACAGGGCGAUCAAAGCUCUAAUAUGGAUGACCAUAGCCUUUAUCUUGAUGAGUUUGUUCCAACCAACCAGAAUGGUGAUGGGAGUCUUAUGGCUGCUACAUACCACAUAUCAGAGUUGAGUGACCUAGGAGUUGGCAGUCAGGUGUCACUUGCAUUGGGGUUGCGGCAUUGUGAAAGCGAUGUGCCAUCCAUUUCUGGGGGGCCCCUUAUUAGAGGGGGUGAUAUUGCUGCUUCUGUGGGCCCUGACACUGCCGAAUAUAAUUGCAUGGAUUCAGGAAACCAGCGACAUAGGUUUGGCAAACCCCAUCUCAUACAUGAUUUUGUAGUCUGAAACAAAGCUUGCCCCCAGUUUUAUGAGAAAAAAUCUACCUUGUCAGAGAAGGGAAAAAUCUUUAGAAUAAGAAGAAAGAGAAAGGAAACGUAAUAACAACCCUUGAAGGGGUGAAGAACACGAGCAAUAUGAGAAUAGAUUUGGGUACCCAGUUGUAAUAUAACAAAGUGAUUCGUGGAAGCUUAGGCAUUUGUAAAUAUAGGGUGCAUAUAUGUUCUUGUGUAAUAUGUGAAAUAACGGAAGUUCCACACUUACUCUCUAGUGUGAAAUUGUUGGAUACUGUCUAGUGGGACAUUGAUGUAUACUUUGUAGUGGGAUAUAUCAUCUCAUUUGAAAUAAAUCUGACAUAAGAAUGAA